AUGACUGCGGUUGACAAGUCAUCCCCCGAACCAGAUUUGAGUAGCGAGCAGCCAGAGUUUGCUCGGACUGAGACAUCUUCAGGGAAGUCUGUUGAAGAGGUCCUGAGCGCGGCAGGCGUUGAUUUCCGUCCCGAUGACCCAAGUCUACCAUGCCUCACCAUCCGCAUGUGGACUAUUGGCAUCGCUUUCUGUCUCGUGGGCAGUGGCGUCAACACUCUCUACACCCUGCGCUUCCCAUCCGUUAGCUUGUCCCAAUCGGCUAUCCAGUUUCUAGCCUACCCCAUUGGCAAGGCGUGGCAGUACGUCGUCCCAGACUGGGGCGUCACGGUGUUCGGCCAGCGCCACAGCUUGAACCCAGGUCCUUUCAACUACAAGGAAAACAUGCUCAUCUACAUCCUGGCAAACCUCAGCUUCCUCACCCGUCUUAGUGCUGAUGUCCUGACCGAGCAGCGCGUCUUUUAUGGCCUGCAUGCCGGCUGGGGGUUUGAGCUCCUCGCUACGCUGACCACCAUCCUAUAUGGCUUCGCCCUGGCCGGGUUAGGCCGUUCGCUUGUGGUGGAGCCGAAAGACCUUGUAUGGCCGGGCGUAUUGGGCAACACGGCUCUCAACGCGGCGCUGCACUCAUCCCGCAAGGAGGAAGUUGAAGGAACAGUCUCCCGCUAUCGGUUCUUCCUCAUGGCAUUCAUGGCCUCCUUUUGCUGGUACUGGCUUCCAGACUUUCUUUUCCCAGCUUUGGGCUACUUCACGUGGGUUUGCUGGAUAGCCCCGAAAAACCCCGUGGUCAACCAGAUCUUUGGCAUGAAGAGUGGCAUUGGGCUUCUGCCUUUCACCUUUGACUGGAGCCAGAUCGCCUACAUCGGAUCACCCCUGGUUGUGCCGACCUGGGCUAUCCUCAACGUUUUGGGUUCACUUGUGCUCUGGAUCUACGUCGUCACUCCAGCCCUCUACUACACGAACACGUGGUGGUCUGCCUACCUGCCAAUGCAGAGCAACUCAAUCUACGACAAUACGGGCCAGGUCUUUAACGUGUCCAAGGUCAUUAACAAGCGUGAUGGUUUUGCUUUCGACCUCGAAAAAUACCAAGAGUACUCUCCUAUCUAUCUUCCUGUCACUUAUGCCCUCAACACAUUUGGUCUUGCGUUCGCCACCAUUUCUUCGCUCUUUGUCUGGCUCUUCCUCGAAAAGCGCCAGGAGAUUGCACUUGCCUUUAGAGCAAUGUUCCAUAAGGACGGGCACGGCCUAUCAGCCAAAGAUGGUCCAUCUCGUCAGAAACUCCAGCCCCAGUACAAAGAAGUCCCGGCCUGGUGGUACGCAACGGCAGCUCUCGUUGCCCUGGGUGUCGGGCUGUUUGCGCAUGAAUACUAUCCAGUUCAACUGCGAUGGUACGGAGUCAUAUUUGCAAUGGCGGUAUCCGCCAUCUUCUUCAUCCCACUUGCCUGGGUGUAUGCCACCAGCAACAUGAAGAUUCAAAUCGACAUCUUCUGUCGCAUCAUCGCUGGCUAUGUGUGGGAAGGAAAGGUUCUGGCCAAUAUCUGGUUCUUCAACGUUGGAUACAUUUCAGGCAUCAAGGGACUGGCCUUUGCACAAGACCUGAAGCUCGGCAUAUACUGCAAUAUCCCUCCAAGAAGCCUCUUCGUGGUUCAAGUCGCUGGCCUCGUCGUUGGCACUCUUGGACAGGUUUCCGUUCUCAACUGGGCCCUAGACCAUAUCCCCAACGUCUGCAACCCAAAGACCGCACCCAACGGAUUCACCUGCCCCUUUUCGCGCACUCACUUCAACACUAGCAUGGUUUGGGGAGCCCUUGGCCCCCGUCGGUUUUUCGAGAAGGGAGCUCUGUAUCGGCCGCUGCUCUGGUUCUUCCUCGUUGGCGCUGUCCUCCCAAUUGCCGUCCACCUCUUGAGGAAGAAGGUCUUCCCGCAGGUCAAGUGGCUGUCCAAGAUCCACGUACCCCUCUUCCUUGGUGGCUUAAACUACAUCCCUCCCGCGUCGGGUACCAACUAUGGCAGCUGGGCCUUGUUCGGUCUUCUCUUUAGUGUGCUCGUCAAGCGCCGGAAGGAGAGCUGGUGGCGCCGCUUCAACUUUGUUCUGAGCUCGGCGCUGGACUGCUCGGUGGCUAUCGCUGGUAUUCUCAUAUUCUUUGCCAUAUUCUACACCGGUGCAUCUAAGCAUCUCUCUUGGUGGGGAACCAACGUCUACAAAAAUACUUGCGACUGGGAUGGUUGCCCUUAUAUGUCCGUGGAAGAAGGUAAAACCUUCGGUUCUUGA